AUGCUCACUUUAUUAGAGCCACCGGGAGCGAAACGCUCACAAACCGUUGGCAAUUACAACAAUCGAUCUGCUCAACAUCUACUCAACUUGGCACCUGAGGAUGAUGAUUUAUACGAACAGUUCGAUGAAGCAGAUGACUAUGCCGAAAAUGUAAGACCAACUGGCCACUUUCUAUCCAAUUUUCUGGACAAGUAUUUGGUAUGGAAAUCGUCGUCAAGCGAGUACAAUGAGCGUUGGAAACGCGAGUUCCGCACAAGACCGUCGUGGUGCGACGCAGACCUCUGCUUGCAACAAAUCAAGCGCGGAAAAGCAACUGGAAAUCAAUGGGCUCUUUAUUCGAGGAGUUUUGUCCAAAAACUGCUGUUUGCAUUGGGAAAUGCAGUUCAUCGCAAUGCGUUGUCCGUGAUUCUGAUGGUGUCGAUGGUUUUUGCCCUUUGUUGCUAUGGGCUUCAAUUUGUGCAUAUCGAAACCGAUAUCGUCAAGUUAUGGGUAGCACAAGGAGGACGGCUUGAUGAAGAACUAAACUUUUUACCGAAAAUUAAAGAAUCUUUACACCCGAAUAUGUCAGACGCUGGACCGGAAAUUUCUAGAGAAAAUGGACUUGGUGGUGGUUAUCAGGUAUUGAUUCAAACGCCAAAGUAUGAAGGACAAAACGCGCUAGACAUGGAACCAUUAUUAAAGCAUGUCGAGAUUAUGAAGGAUAUCGCCAGUUUUAAUGUGACAGUCCAUGGAGAGCAAUGGUCGUUGUCUGAUAUUUGCUUUAAACCGGCACCUCCAUCGAUCGCAAAUGGUUCAAUUGCAACUUUUGUUGCUGAUGUUAUUGACAGAAUUGUACCAUGUAUUUGGAUUACUCCUAUUGAUUGCUUUUGGGAAGGCGCAAAGGCUCUUGGUCCUCAUCCAACGUUACCGAAAAAAUCGCUUGGGGCGCUGUCAUUGGUUUUGAGCUCACUUCCUGAUGGUCCGGAGAUUCGCUGGUCGGAUUUUGAUCCAAUUAAAGUCAUAAACGAAGUUCACAAUUCCUUCAAUCUUGGUUCACACUACACGUUCUUUGAAAGAGCUGGUGUCAGCCAUGGAUACAUGAACAGGCCAUGCAUUGAUCCUCUUGAUCCAGAAUGUCCAGAAAUGUCACCGAAUCAUUUUGAUGUGUGCCCAUAUGUUGAUAAAAUUCGAGAUAUCGCGAGAAAAAAUGGGAUCGAACUCAAAUCGGAAGCUCUCGAAGACGGUUCCCCUUCAAUAUUCGAUAUUUUCUCCAGAAAGAAGCGUCAAGCACCCGAGCCAGGCGAUUUUAGAACACCUGAAGUCUCUACUGACCCAACCCCAUCCCCACAGGAAUUAGCGGAAAAGGCAGAGCAAGAGGAAAAAGCUCGAAAAAGAGAAUACAAAGAGCAUUGCCGAAAAUUCCGCAAAUCGACACAUGAAUGGUUGAAAGCCAACCGAGACAAAUGGUCUGAUGUGAUUCCGGACGAUAAACAACCAAAAAAGGUCGAAUACGGCAAAAUUAUGUCUGGUGGAUGUACCGGAUUUGCGUCGAAUGUGCUCCAUUGGCCAGAAGACAUGAUUCUUGGAGGAGCUCGUCGUGAGAAAAAGAAUGGCCCGCUGAUCAGUGCCGAUGCGUUGCAAUCGGUGUUCCUUGUUGCAUCACCUGGCGAUAUUUACUUGAGAUUCAAGCCAAAACCUGGACGUAAUCCAAUCAAGAAGAAUUUGAAUAUUUCGGAAUGGAACGAGGAAAUGGCGGCUGAAGUUUUACAAGCUUGGCAACGAAAUUUCACCAAAAAUCUUUAUAAUCAUGCAGAUAAUUUUGAUGAAAAUAACAAUGAACGACGCACACUUCAUCCGCUUGCCUCAACGUCAAUUGCUGAUAUGCUCGAAGAAUUUUGCCAAUUCAACUACACCAUCAUUUUAAUCGGUUACGGUCUCAUGCUGGUGUAUGCCAUUAUCACACAAGCUCGAUUCGAUUGGUGUCUUCCAUCUUCCGAAUCUGCUAUGGGUCUCGCACUCGGAGGUGUUCUUGUCGUUACAUUUGCAUCGGUCGCUGGACUUGGUCUUGCAACAUGGUUUGGAAUAGAAUUCAAUGCCGCUACUACCCAGAUUGUACCUUUCCUUACUCUUGGAAUCGGAGUUGAUAAUAUGUUUAUGCUAUUGCACAAUUAUCGUGAUGUGGUAAAACUUUCUGGAGGUCGAAACGAAAUCGGAGUUUUGAUGAGGGAAACGGGAAUGUCGAUUUUGUGCACAUCCAUCAAUAACAUCCUUGCCUUCUUGACAGGAACAAUCCUGCCAAUUCCGGCACUUCGAUCGUUCUGCGCUCAAAGUUGCAUUCUUCUCACUUUUAAUUUUAUCGCCAUUUUGACAAUUUACCCAGCAAUAAUUUCCAUUGAUUUGCGACGAAGAAAAGCCGGAAAACGGGAUCUUUUGUGUUGCUUGUAUGGAGAAACGAGAGAAGAGUCGUAUUCGAUGAUUUCGAAGCCGAAGCUUCAGGCAAAGCGAAUUAUUAGCGCGACAUCUGAUGUUUCAAUUAUCCAACCAUUUGAUGGAAUUGUCAAUUCGGUCGAUGAUUCUUCUGAUGCUCCUACUCCAUGGACUUUGCACGCGUUUAUCAGAUACUACUACAUUCCAUUCAUUUCACAUUCGUUCUCAAAAAUUUCUGUUAUUGUUUUGUGCGGCUGUAUGCUAUUUGCUGCAUUCCUUGGAAUACAAAGAUCAACACUUGGACUUGAGUUAAGUGACGUUCUUCCAGAGCACACAGCUCCGGCUCAGUUCCUUCGAGCUCGUGACAAAUACUUUAGCUUCUACCCUAUGUUUGCUGUUCUUCAAGGUCCAAAUAUUGAUUAUGCUCAUCAGCAACGGCAAAUAGAUAAUUAUCGUAGAGCUAUUGGAACAUCGAAAUAUGUAAUCAAAAAUGCGUUCGAUGAACCAUCGGAGAAAUACUGGCUUGGAUUAAUGCGCGAUUGGCUUUUGAGUAUACAGAAAGGAUUCGAUUACGAAAUGGGUCAUGGAUCAUUCAAUAUUGAAACUGGUGAAAUUAUCGGAAAAAAUGUGUCGGAAGACGCUAAACUCGCUCAUGCUCUUAUGUGCAGUCACGGGACUAAGUUCGAAUGCCGUGGAAGAGUUGGACAUAUUCGAUUGGUUGAUAAGAGUGGAAUUAUCAACACAGAUGGCUUUUACAACUAUCUCACUGCUUGGUUCAAUGUCGAUCACAUGAUGUACUAUGUCUCUCAGGGAUCGUUCUUCCCGAUACCACCGAAAUGGGAGUUGUCGAAGGAUCCCAAUGAAAAUUUUAUUCCGCCGGCUGAGCCACUCGCAUAUUCGCAAAUUCCAUUCUAUCUGACUGGGUUGACGGAUACGCCAGUUAUUGUCGACAUGAUCGAGGACAUUCGAGGUGUUUGCAAACGGUUCACUGAACAAGGACUACCUAAUUUCCCCCAAGGAAUCGCGUUUACAUUCUGGGAACAGUACUUGUUCUUGCGCGGUAACUUGAUGCAGGCGAUCGGAAUCAUCUCACUCGCUGUUUUCGUCGUCAUUUCUUUGUUACUGUUCAAUCCGUGGGCGGCCGCCAUCAUUAUCUUCAUUCUGACUGUAAUGACAGUGGAAUUGGCCGGCUUCAUGGGUUGGAUGGGCAUCAAAUUGAAUCCGGUGUCAGCGGUGACAUUAAUCACAGCCGUGGGAAUUGGUGUUGAGUUUACCGUUCAUGUCGUCGUCUCAUUUCUGACGACUCUUGGAACACGGGCACAACGCACAUCGAACGCCGUUGAUCGCGUUUUUGUGCCAGUCAUUCAUGGUUCGCUAUCAACGCUUCUCGGAAUUUUGAUGCUCGGAUUUUCGGAGUUUGAAUUUGUCGUCAAAUAUUUCUUCAUUGUGAUGUCAGCGCUUAUCGUUACUGGUAUUAUUAAUGGAUUGAUUUUGUUACCCGUUCUUCUUUCUUGGUUCGGCCCAUGUAGAGAAAUUACUCCGACGAAUGGAAAAACCCAUUUAGCAUUGCCACCACCAUUAGAGCGAUCAAAACGAAUACGUCGAUGUGAAGAUUCAGAUGAUGACGAUGAUCCGAGCGGUUUAGUGAUGUUCUCAAAAACGACGCCUAGCAAUCGGACGUCUACUCAAGGCAACAGAAAUGCGAGCACGAGAAAUUUGCCCGUGUAG